AAUGCAGUGUAUAAAUAAGAUGAGAGAUGUUUCACCAAAGUCAGGAUUAUGAAAACAAACCUUAUAUACAUGCAGUGUCUCUUCUCGUUGAUUGCCGUAAUGGGAUCUGCAGAUGAUUUGGUGUUGACGGGAGUCAUAUCAGCUGGGUCUAUGGAUAUAGUGGAGCUUUACACGCCAAUAGACAUCCCUGAUCUCGGGCGCUAUAGAAUAGAGGUCACAAAUACAGGAGUGAGUAACUUGGUCAAAACCUUCCGAUUCAUCCCAGAAUUCUUCAUUCCUGCUGGCAGCUUUAUAUAUGUUAGUAAAAGGUCCACGUUGUCCGGAUUUUUCGGUUGUUACACGGUUUUCUUCUACAAGACCUCUAGUAUUAGCUUCGUUGGGGAUGACGAGGCGGUUACCAUCUACAAAGAUGGGAAAGUCCAUGAUAGAUAUGGUGAUAUUGUCGAAGUAUCUAGCUCACCACAAUAUUCCUGGAAUUAUCGAAUGGGUUGGGCGCAUCGGAAGAACAAUACUGGUCCAGAUGGCGACUUUGUGGAACGGAACUGGGACAGUCAUGCGAGUGUCUUCAGUAACACAAAUGACAAUUGGCAUGACUCCAACUUACCAUAUCCUUUGGCAACUUUUGGUAAGCAUUUUGUAUACUAA